AUGUCAGAUUCUGGUGAAGCUAAAAAGUCUCACCCUGCUGUUGAGCAAGACUUUAAGUCUCAGGAAGGCCAAACGACUCAAAACUCAAACAAAAGAACGCUUGAUGAAGCCUCCAAAAACGAAACCUCCGGUUUAGAAACCCUCAAGAAGAUGGCCAAACCAACAGCCAGGAAGAUUGAGUUUAAGACAACAGAGGAGGAGGAGGAGGAGGAGGAUGCAUUGCCUCUAGAAUGUUCCAUUUGCAGAAACCCAUUCUUGAAUCCAGUUGUAACAAACUGCAACCAUUACUUCUGCAAUCUCUGUGCCCUAAUGCACCACGAGAAGAACACCAAUUGUUUUGUGUGUAACCAGCCAACCCUUGGAGUUUUCAACACAGCCGUGGAUAUCAAGAAAAAGAUAGUCAACCCAAGCUCUUACAAUGAGGUCUCUGUAGCAAUGGUGAAGGAGGUGUCAACAAUCUUGGCAAAGGCUUUGGUUAUAAGGAAGGACGCGGAUGCCAUGGCGGCACAGUCGGCGGGAAUGGUGGAAGAUGUUGAAACAGUGAUGGGUAUAGUGGAUGCCCACGGGGAAACGUCGGCGGAAGAUCCAACUUCGUGGGAUGAGAUUGUGGAUCUGGUGGAAAGCAUGGAGGUGGUAGAGGCGAAGGCCAAGGAGAUGGCGGAGAAGGCGGCGGAGAUGGUGAAAGAAGCGAAUGAUACAACGGAGACGGCAAAGAGAGAGAUGGCCAAGGCGUUGGGGGUGAUGAGGAAAGUCAAGUGGAACGUGUAA